AUGAGCCUAAACCAGCUGCAAGGAGCAGCCAAGCUGCAGCGAGUAACCCAGUUGCUCGCCUCCUUAAAGGACAACUUACGGGAGAGCCGUCUGACACCAGCACAGAAAAGCGAGUUACUUCUGGAGCUGCGCCAGCAUGGCACAAAUCCCGUCGACGCGGGGCCGAUUUAUUGCAGUGAUGGAAUUGAGUUACUAGCACGAUAUGGUCUUGAAGGAGAGACAGUCGAUGUUCGACGUGCUGCACUGCGUUGCGUUGCCAACGCCCUUCUCCUCGAUGCAAGCAUGCGCCAGGUCUUUGCAGACACUGGACUUGGGGGCAGACUCGCUGAAAGGCUGAAGACCGAUAACUCAGAGGACGAGAUGGUCACAAGUCGAAUCUUGUUCCUUUCAACUUAUGACAGCAACUUGGACUUUGAGGUCCUUUUCAAAGAUCAUUCAUUGGGCGACAAUGUCAACUUUCAAUUGGCCCGGCACGCGAAGCAGUUCCCCAAGAGUGGACGGAAGCCGCUUACGCAGAUGGACGAGUUGGCUCUUAUCGAUACAUUGAAACUGGUCUUUAAUGUUUCGAAGUUGUAUCCUGAUCUCGCCAGCACUUUUUCCCCGUCUAUUCAGUCCAUACUGAAGAUCAUCAGCAGAAUCGACAUUCCAGCCAGGCCACUCGAUGGACUGAUCAGCUAUUUGAUCAACUCACUUUCUGUAUUGGAUCUUGAGGGGAAAAAAGAAAAGCAUUUUGAGAGCAACCCCUUGUUCCCCAAGUUCAAUCAGAACUGCAAUGUUGACAAGUUGAUCAACAUUCUUGACCGGGCAGUAUCGAUCUACCGCCCCGAGGAGCUUGAAGAAAAAGCUGUCCCACUUCUACACUCGCUCAUUGUCGUGCAUGAAGUUGCUCCAGACGGCCCUCGCAAGUACAUGCAAUGGCUUCUGUUGCCCGAAGACAAUGAUCGCAGUCUGCCAAUUGGGCACUCUGACACGCUAUCCUCGAAGCUGUUGCAGCUUUCCACCAGUCCAUACCCGAGCCUGAAGACAGGAAUCUCCGAGCUUAUGUUUGUUCUAUCGGGCAAGGAUGCUGAAAAUCUCACGCGCAGAAUCGGAUACGGCUUUGCUGCCGGCUUCCUGGCCUCCCGUGGAAUGGAGAUACCCCAAACUGCCGGUGAAGCUUUUGCCACAAACGAGGACGGUGGCCUUGAUGAAGAGGUGAAUCCAGUCACAGGGCAGCGAUUGGCAGCUGAGCCCAAGGAUACAGGCCCACCAAUGACUGAUGAGGAGAAAGAGAGGGAAGCUGAAAGACUCUUUGUCUUGUUCGAGAGAGCGAGGGCAAAUGGUCUCAUUAGCGUUGAAAAUCCUGUGGCUCAGGCAGUUCGGGAAGGCAGAUUCGAGGAACUCCCUGACGACGCUGAUAGUGACUAA